GUUGACUUGUGUAGUACGGUGUGUACGUGGUGUGUACAGCGAACGUUCUUAUUGUGCGACUUAUAUUUCGUGCUGCAGGUGAUUUUUAUGUGCCGUUCCUAACUCGCCAAAAGACAAAAUGUCCGAUUCGGAGUCGCUCGACUCAGAUGAAGAGUUGCAAGAGAAACUAGCGAAGGGUGAAUUGAAACCUGGACUUUAUGCCAUUGCUCCUCAUGUCAAGAAAGAGUUCAUCAACAACACGGCAGCACUGAAGCAGAAGCUUGCCGAAAUGGAGCUCGACUUGGACUGGGUCGAGACCCUUACCAUGGUGAAUGGCUUGGCACCCUUGACACCUGAGCUGUCGGAACAGUUUGGUGACAUGGAGCUGCAGAAGAAUCGCAAAGGCGGUCUGGUCAGGGGUGCCACCGAGGACGCCGUUCAUCACGACUUCAAACGUGAAAUGGCAUUCUACCGGCAGGCCCAGGCGGCGGUGCUGGAGGGCAUUCCACGCCUCCACCAGCUGGGCGUUGUGACAAAGCGGCCAGAGGACUAUUUUGCCCAGAUGGCCAAGGCGGACACGCACAUGACGAAGGUGCGCGAGAAGCUGCUUUCCAAAAAGGUGGCCCUGGAGCGCUCUGAGAAGGCCCGCAAGAUGCGUGAGCUCAAGAAGUUUGGAAAGAAGGUUCAAGUGGAGGUGUUGCAGCAGCGACAGAAAGAGAAGCGAGAAAUGAUGGAGAAUCUGAAGAAGUUCAAGAAAGGCCAUGGCUCCCUGGAUUUCCUGGAGAACAGCGGGAGACAGAAAGGUCAAAAGCCAGGGCCUAGCGGAAACCAGCCGGGACGAGGCAAGGGCCCCUCAAAGUCAGAGAUGAAGCGACAAUAUAAAGACAAGAAAUAUGGCUAUGGUGGGCAGCGCAAGCGCUCCAAGUUCAACACGGCAAAAAGCUCAGCCGAUGUGGAGGGCUUCAGUAGAAAGAAGCACAACACAGCACCUGGCGCUGGCAAGAAGAAGCGUCUGGGGAAGUCAAGGAGGAAAAACACAAAAAGAAGGAACUGAUUGUCAUGUCAUCGACUAUUUGUAUGUGCCUAAAUAAGAGAAGAGAAUGAGAGAUAAUAAACACUAUGUACAGUUA